AGUGAAAAUAAGACGGACGGAGUUGGAGGGGUGGAAAUUUUGACCCGUGGAUCGGGGCUCCGGCUUACUCUCCGGUUGCGCUCUCUCGACAAAACGAUAUAAAAACGAUGAUUUAUAUGGCGCAACGUUCAGGAAAGUUUUAUAGCCGUUACAAGCAGGUCCUCCAUAUUUCAAUCUAACGGCUCACACUUCUCUUAAUUCAAACUUGAACUGAAUCAAAACCCUCCGUCUUCGUUAAACGUAAAGCACCAACUCUCUCUCUCUCUCUAGAUCUCGUUCACGCUCUAGCUCUAGUAGAUCUUCCCUUCUCUUUAAUCUCUCUCUCUCGGAGAUCUACAAUCUUGCUUUGGAUUUGAAGCCAUGGAUGAUCGAACCGUGGAAAUGGUCUCAGAAAACUGUGAUUAUUUCGCAUCUAAUUGUGAUUUGAAGCCUUCGUCCCCAUCUCCUUCAGAAUUCAUUAAAACAUUAACUUCAAGUUCUGCUUACAUUUCAAAUCAAGAAACUCAAACUUGUGACAAAGAGCAAACUCCAGAGACUGAAACUAGCGAAUCAGGCAUUGAUGACGAACAAACUGAGGGAAAUUCUAAUUUCCCGAAUGAGAAUAGCUUGUCAAAUGGAAUCCAAGAAACUUCUCCAGACCCGGGGCAGACACUUCCCAUAUUGCAGAAAAUCGUAUAUUUGAGCACCAAAGUGCAGGAUCUGAAGAAAGAGCACACCAUCCUAUCUGAUCAAGUGAAGCUCACUACAGAUUCUUUCCCUGGCUUUGAAGUUCAGAACACUCUUCGUAUUCUAAGUACUGAUUAUGAGCGUUUAAAGAAGAAGUACGCCGAGGAGUCAUCUGAACGUAAGAGGCUUUACAAUGAACUAAUUGAGCUUAAAGGCAAUAUCAGGGUCUUCUGCAGAUGUAGACCAUUAAACGACAAUGAAAUUACUGAUGGGUGUACCUCCGUUGUUGAAUUUGACUCAUCUCAAGAUAAUGAGCUGCAGGUUAUUUGCUCUGAUUCUUCAAAAAAGCAAUUUAAGUUUGAUCGUGUCUUUAGGCCUGAGGACAACCAAGAUGCUGUUUUCGCUCAAACUAAGCCUGUCAUUGCUUCGGUGUUGGAUGGGUAUAAUGUCUGCAUAUUUGCCUAUGGACAAACUGGAACGGGGAAGACAUUUACAAUGGAGGGAACACCCGAAGAUAGGGGAGUAAACUACAGGACACUAGAGGAGUUGUUUCGGAUUUCUGAAGAGAGAGGUGGCAUUAUGAGAUAUGGAUUGUUUGUUAGCAUGUUAGAAGUUUACAAUGAGAAGAUACGGGACCUACUGGUUGAAAACACCCAUCAGCCUGUAAAGAAAUUGGAGAUAAAGCAAGCAGCAGAGGGAACACAGGAAGUCCCAGGACUCGUUGAAGCUCGUGUUUAUAGUACUGAGGAUGUUUGGGAAAUGCUGAAGUCUGGAAGCCAAGUGAGAUCUGUUGGGUCCACCAAUGCUAACGAGCUCAGCAGCCGUUCUCACUGCUUGUUGAGAGUGACAGUUAAGGCGGAAAAUUUAAUAAAUGGACAGUGCACAAAAAGUCAUCUUUGGCUCGUAGACUUGGCUGGUAGUGAGCGUGUGGGGAAGACUGAAGUUGAAGGUGAAAGAUUGAAAGAAUCUCAGUUCAUUAAUAAAUCCCUCUCAGCGCUUGGUGAUGUUAUUUCUGCCCUCGCUUCAAAAACAGCUCACAUUCCUUACAGGAACUCCAAGCUUACUCAUAUGCUGCAAAGCUCUCUAGGAGGAGAUUGCAAAACCCUGAUGUUUGUCCAGAUCAGCCCAAAUGCAGCAGAUCUAGGAGAAACUCUUUGUUCACUGAAUUUUGCCAGCCGAGUCCGUGGAAUCGAGAGUGGCCCUGCUCGCAAACAGGUGGACAUUAACGAGCUUUUCAAGUACAAGCAAAUGGCAGAAAAGCUCAAGCAUGAUGAGAAGGAAACAAAGAAAUUACAGGAUAACUUGCAGUCUGUGCAGUUAAGGCUUUCUGCCAGAGAACAUAUCUGCAGGAAUCUUCAAGAGAAGGUUCGAGACCUUGAGAACCAACUGGCAGAGGAAAGGAAAACCAGACUAAAACAGGAAACUAGAGUUUUGUCUACCGGUUCUGCUCAGCUGUCAGCAUUGUCAUCUUUAAAGCAAGCAGCACAGAAGUCUAUAACAGAGAAGAAGCCACCACUGGGUCCUUCAAAGCUGAGGUUGCCACUGCGAAGAAUUACCAAUUUCCUGCCCCCACCAUCUCCGAAACCACCCAGAAAGACUGGCUCAACCACUUCUAUCGUCCCAGCUUCAACUGCUGGAAAAGAGAACUUUUACACAACAACAAUGGUGGCAACAAACAGUAAAAGCCUCAUGAAACCAAGACGGUUUUCUGUUGCCGUGAGGCCACCUCCUUUUUCAACAACAACAACAACAACAACAAAGGUUCUUCAGCCAAGGAGACGGGUAUCCAUUGCUACCCUCCGCCCGGAAUCCAGCUCUCACAUGACAACACCACUCCACCCCUCUGCAUCUCGAUUCAAACAUGGCAGUGCAAUAGGCAGGCAGUCAUUUGUGAGGGACUCAAGGAAGGCACGAUAUUCUAGGUUGUUCUCUCCAUUGCCAGAGUCAAGAAGAGCAGUAGAGUCAACCCCGACUGCCUUGAGGAGCAGUAGUAAGUUUAUGGGGAGUCCCCCAACACAUGCCGGUUCAUCAAAAUUGGGGAAUCCAACAGUUGUUGCACUACAACGGAAGGCAUUGGUGUGGAGUCCACUGAAGUUGAGAAGCUUGAAAACUAACAGGAAACCCUCAUUAUUGCCUUCUCGGCCCUCUAUGCAAUAAUGAACCAUGGCUUCUUCACAGCUCAUACAGUCUUCAAAUAUCGUAUUCUUUUGUUAGUUCUCUUUUGGAUAUUAUUGCAAAAUGCACGCUGGUCGCUUACCAAUGAGAUUGGACUGCAUUUUCUGU